AUGCGACACCUGCUCUGGUUGCUGCCUCUGUUCCUGUUGGCAUGGCCAGUCCAGAGCCUAAAGUGUCACCAGUGCUUGGCAUCAGGAAAUUGCUUCCAGCCUACGUCUUGCAGGGCCGAUGCCCGAUACUGCCUGACGACCUGGAACAGUCCCCCAGGACAGAAAACGCUUGUUAUAAAGUCAUGUGCUUACACCUGCCCUGGCUUCCAAGAGAGCCUGAGUUACUCCAGAGCUUCCUGUUGCAACACAGACCUCUGCAACAGCUCCGUGAGCCUCAGUGCCAGCUGGGGGUUGCUGGUCCUCAGUGUCUGGGGUGCCUACCUCAUCAGGGCUCAAACUCCUAGCAACCUCAGAGAACCUGGGCUCUGUGCCACCACCUCAAGUGAGCAGGAUCCUUGGCGGACACCAGUGCUGCUGUGA